AAGGUGUCUUAUCACUGUAGGUCCCAUAAACUUGACAUUUCAAAGUACGGAGUUUGCUGCUAAAACACAUGCUCACUCCGCACUUCCGUGGCUCUGCCCACCAUAACACGUCUCGGUGGGAAAGAAACAUUUGACGGGUGGCGUCGGGUCUUACGGUUGUCGGUAUGACGGGUCUGCAUCACCGCGCGCGAUUUUCUCCGAUGGAAUAUACAGUCGUGCCGCCUGUGAGGGUACUUUAGGGUACAGCUGAUCCCCGGAAGGCAUAAAGGGAGGUAACCGAACUAGAUGAGCCAGAUACAUUAAUCCUAUAAUGUCAACACAUGAUCUGAAGUUGCAGCAGUCAAGUUGUCAAAGCGGAGUGAAAGUCAGCGUGACGUGCGGUGUCUCAGAUCAGGAGGGAUCUUACACACAAACUGAUAAAUCACGUUUUCAGAAUGUAAGUGAACAUGAGAAAAUCCAUCCUGGACCACUGGCUCAACGCAUCCACAACCAGAAAGAUUUAGAAACGGGAACUACUGCUUCUUCACCAUCGUUGCAGUUAACAGGCCAGCAGAAGAGCAGCAGAGAUUUGCAGAUCAGGCAAAUAAUACUUCUCAGAUCUAAGGAGGACCUCAGUAGGACAUCUGAGGAGCAGAGGAAGUCUGCCAGAUUCACUUCCACCAUCUCUAUCAGUCUUCCCAACAGAAGAAACAAAAAAGACACAGCGGAGGAAAAAACACUGAAAGCUAUAACUAACCUCACACAUGAAGACGUGAAGAACACAGCUAAUCAACACCACUCAGAGCUAAGGGACGUGCUUUCACAAACUGACCAAUGUGGCGAAUCAACUGGUGAUUUAUUUAAGAAUGGGGAUGGGCCAAAAGCAAGCUUUGAUGAAGACUGUUUUUCCACUCUGCAACAACGUGGGACAAAGCGGGGACAAAAUACAGGAAUACAAUAUAAUAUAGGCCUUCAUGAACAAACAGAAAUUGUUCACAACUCACAAAGACAUUCUACUCAUCCUGUUUGUGAGGUUCAAAUAGAAUUCAACAAGGAAUCUGGAGCCAAUGACUGUAGAGAGAAUGCUUCAACAAAUCCACAAAACCACAGUAAUCUGAGCUCCCUUGAAGUGGACAAUGGUCUAAAAUCAAGCACUGAUUCCCAGUUUUUUGCACACCAUUCAGAAGUUGCAAACCGGGUCUUGUCAUCAGACUAUUUACCUGCUCCUCAUUCUGAAAAUACCCCUGAGCCAGAACCUGGUUUUAUCAAUCCUACAUCAGCUAUGUUGUCUUCAGCCCUGGUCUCAGUUCUUGUUCCACCUUGGAGUGGCCGCCUUCGAAGGCCCAAGCAAGGCGGCAAUGACGUACAGCACGAACCCAAAGACUUACGCCCGAAUAUGAACCCAUCUACCUUAUUUCGCCAGGAUCGGCAGCAACAAUCAUAUCUUCCUUCUCAGAGGCGACCAUCUGAACACAUGUUGGCCAAUGAAAAUAACAUGCAGUUGACUGCAGGGACCAGCUAUAACUCUCCUGACUGGCAAAAAGAGAACAAUUCCCCGAACAUCACAACCACAAUACAGCCAAAGAGACCCAUUACCAAGUCCUCUUCUGUGGGCAUGAUGUACAAUAAUACAGAUUUGCAUCCUUUUCCCACACCUCUGGACACACGUCAGGUACCAGGUUUGUCCCAUUCAGGGUACAGAAUAUCAAAUACUGGAGAUAAACACGAGUCUUUCAAAUCAUUGAGCUCUAAGCCAACAACAAGCAGUCUACUUCUUUCCUUGAGGAGGUCAAAUUUGAGGAACUGUAGUGCUGAGCCCACACAAUCAGAGACUCAGAUGACUAGGUCUGUAAGGUCCCUUACAUUGCCUAGCAGAGAUGUUCUGAAAACUCCAUCAUUUGCCCAUCCUGUUAACGCUGCUGCCCAAACCGCCGAAAACCCAGACACUCCUGCAAGAACAGAGGAAAUAUCAGUCAGUCAGUUCCAUUUCUCACCUAGAAUUAGGAAAAGAGUGCCAUUAAGGGCAUCGCUGUUUCUAAAAAAUCCAGAGACAGAGAUUUCAAAGAGACUAGAAACUUCUAUUGCCAAAGCAGAUGAGGAACAUUUCCCACACUCCACAACCAAAACCAGCCAACUUGGUGUUCUCAGAUCCCAACAACGUUCUUAUUCAGUUCUUUUGAGGGAAUAUUCCAGUACAGAAGAAACAGAUGCAGUGGAACAAAAUACUGCCAACAACACCAACCUGCAAAACUUCUAUGUGACCAAACAACAAGUAACUCCAGAUACCAAAAUUUCUCCCAAAGAAUCGACAAAUUUUAAUGUUCAUCAAUCUGGCUUUAAUAUCCAAAAAUAUAAAUCGCAAAGCACACACAAUAUAACAGACAUUAGUUCUUUGGGCACAAGCACUUUCACAGACAGGCUUAACUGCUCACCCAGGAAAGACUCUUCUGUAGAUGGAACAAGUCCCACAAAUAUGUAUCUGGACUCUAAGAAAUAUUCUCAGUCAAGUCAAAAUCAAAUGGAUCUUUCGAGCCCUCUUUCUCCAAGCAGACCUCUCAGAACUGUAGGAGUACAGAGCAUUUAUUCAUACCUACGGGAGUACAGCCCGGCGGUGUCCACCCCUUCCCCUUCCACCCCUACUUCCCACAUACAGAGAGGUGAAACAUCACCUCUUAAGCAAGAUAGAUGCGUAACACUGCCAGGUGACCGGAAAACACUUCCUUCAAAAUUUUCAUUUGACUUCAAUCCAUUUACGCCACAGGUAGAAGAGUUACAAAGAAGCUCUUUUGGCUCUCAUAUAGCACCAGCUCAAUCUCUGCCUCCUGAUUUUGGACGAAGAUCAGCUCCUCGUCUCAGUACAUCUCCAUAUUCUAGCCUCAUCUCCUCACGACCUGCACUCAACAACACUUUACAAGACCUACCCUCUCUGCCUGUGCCCACAACUCGGGUAUCUACAUCUUAUGAUAUUGUAACCACUCCUGCAGACUUCAUAAAAAGUGUUCCAAGCUCUUCACUGUCCACAUACACAAGCAUUAGAAAACCAAAGGAACAGUUUGCUGCUUCUAACAGAGAACAGAGGACAGCAGUUCAAGCUUACACAAGCGCCCUAGAUAAUCACAAACCUGCCCAGCCAUGCCUUUUACAAUCUGCUCCAGAUGCAAGUUUUGUCAUGGAAAGCCAAAGAGCUAAUAUAAGUCCACACCCAAGGAAGCUCAGCACUGGCUCUAACAACUUCUUUAAUCAGGAGCAUGAUGGCCUGAUGGAACUUCAGCUUGAUAUGGGUAAUGCAUACCCCAAGCACAGGCAGGGUGAGAAAAGUAAGUAUUUAUCACCUGAUAAGCUCACAGUAGAAAGUGAAACUCCACUGACAGUUGAGAAAGAGAUUCCUGCUGUGCAUAUGCCUGAGAGAUUGCAGGAAAUGCAAAGUUCCAAUUCAAAAAAAGGCCUCUUUAGUUCACGAGUCAAGAAAGACAAAGAAGCUGUCUUCUCUUCAGCUUCUUUACCAGACAAAGAGGAUGUUAGUCCCCAGUAUUUAAAAACCAAAAGACAUUUGCCAGUGUUUAGAACGAACAGCAGGAUUGACCAGAUGUUAAAUCGCUUGAAACUGACAUUUGGUGUCAAACGUUCAGACAGCUCACUUGACACACUACCAAAAAAGAACAAGAGUCCCACUCAGCAGCCCUCAGAUACUGAGAAUUUUGAAAGACCCAAGACAGAGGAGAAAACCUGUUCUGAGAGCCACCCAGCACCCUCUAACUCCUCUUUAACAACUGAUAAAACAUCUUUAGGUUCUUUGUCACUACUAACAUUAAAGAAAUUUGAGAAUACAUUAAAUAUGAGUGAUCAAAAUGAGUCUAAGGCUGAAAUAAAUGAUUCUGGGUCCACACAGGAGGCCCCCAGCUCAUCCUUGACCAUCGGUAAAGCAUCUUUUGCCUCUUUUGGAUCUUUGUCGCCACUUACAUUAGAGAAAUCUGAGAAUACUUUAAAUAUGGAUUGGCAAAAUAGAUCUACAACUGAACAAAAGGGUUCUGGGUGCACAUGGGAGGUCCCCAGCUCAUCUUUGUCCACCAAUAGAGCACCUUUUGCAGAUUUGUCGCCACUUACAUUAGAGGAAUCUAAGAAUACUUUAAAUAUGGACUGGCAAAACAGAUCUACAAUUGAACAAAAGGGUUCUGAGUGCACAUGGGAGACCUCCAACUCAUCUUUGACAAUCGAUAAAGCCUCUUUUGAGUCCUUGUCACCUUUGACAUUAAAUAAAUCAUCCGAGAAUAAAUUAAAUGUUGAUCAGCAAAGGAGGCAUAGCGAUGAAAAUGGAAACUGGUCUUAUGGUAGGAGCUUUAGUCCACACAGGCAAAAGACCCAAAAUAUGAAUCGUUCUGCCACCUUGCCACAUUACGGAAAAUCCUCAGUCGGUCCCCCAUCACCCUUUUAUUUGUUUGAUUUUGAUUCAGAAGACAUUCAAAAUGACAAUGUGUUUUAUAGUCCAUUGAGAAAAAAAACAAACUCACUUUGUGAGUCAGAUGACUUCUCUCCUCAGAGCGCCACCAAGAGUCCUCUGCAGCAAAAUCUGGUGAGGUCUCGCUUGUCCUCAUCAUGUGCUGAUUUAAAGUAUGGUCUACACAGUGGACGAUCUUUCUCAGUUAGCAGUGUGGUUUCAAGCCGACCAUCAGGUCCUGGACGAAUCUCCACAAGCAGCAUCAGUGACCUCUCAAGUUUGGAUGAAUUUCUGCCGAAAGAGAAUUAUACAGUAGUUGACUAUCCAAUGAGUAGUAGCCUUUCCCCAAUCUAUGAUGCAAAUUCAAACACUGGUAAACAGUCUCAAUCUGGAUAUACAAAUAAUCAUGAUGAUGCAGACCCAACCCCACCUCCAUCACCAACUAUGUCCUCUUCACCUCGUCGUAUGUCCCAUGCUCCUUCUGUGUCUUCCCCCAUAUGGACAUCUCCAGAAAAUCUGUCUCCUCCUCGUGGAAUCCUGUCAUCAAGGCGCCACACAACCAGCAUGACUGUUUUUGAGGAGUCUGAUUCUGACACCACAACUGAUGAUGAAUACUAUCUUGAUAAUAGUGAUGCAGCAGAAACAGAACUUUAGAGGAGAGAAUUGUAUAUUGUUCAAUUCCGUCACGUUACAACAUAUGCUAAACAUUAAAAAAUGUUGCAGGGUUUUUCUAUGCAUAGUGUCAUCUAUGACAAAGCUGCAGCAACAUUAGGCCUCUGUCAAUUCUAAAUUGUAAAACAACUACAAAUACAGAUUAUAUAUAGAAAGAAUUAUAUCAGAAUUUUAAGACCAUGUUGAUUUCAUAUUUCUUGUUGUAUAUUAAAUAUAAGGGGUUGUUGAAUACUUUAGUGCUUGAGGAUAACAAUGUUUGAUUUCAAGAUGAAUGUAUUUACAAUACAGUUCAAUGCACUGUUUCAUUAGCUUUUUUACAUAUAUAUUUUCUGGAUCUUGAGGCUUUGAAAUGGUGAAUUCUCAUGUUAUUCGUCUGUCUCCUGUAGAUUAUUGGCUGUUUCAUUCACUGUAGCAUUUGAAAGCAUAGCGUGUCAGUCACAAUACAUUAUUUUCCUGACAGACAUUCUAUAGUCAGAAGCUGCCAACCAAGAAACUGAACGCCAACUAUGUUUAACAGAUGUAAACACUGAUGAUUCCACAUUCAUUAUGGCUAAGUCUGUAAAGAAGAUGAUGUAACCGAUAUCUGCUGUCCGUUUGAUAGAAUUGUUAAAAGUAUGAAAGUGUUAUUGAAAACAGUGGCUGAUCCUCAUCCACGACUUGUUAAUUUGAGGUUCAAACACAGGACCUCUCACAAUCUACUGUAUGCAAAAGACAUACCACAGAUGAACUAAGCAUUCUUAAAUAAGACCACACAGUUGAUUCUAUAUGCUGUAUAAUCUGAUUUGCUGUUUUGUGUGCGGCUUUCAGUGUAAUUUUAAUUGAUCUUUUUUUGUAAUUUAUUAUGCAGGGCAGGGGUUUGGGGCAUUAGCCUUAAGGACUCUCCAUAAGACAUGUCAAUUGCAACACUGACCUACAGAAUUACCAAAUGCUGUGUAUCAUAGGUCUAUGUAAGGUCAUUUUUGUAAAGCCAUUUCUUGAAUGUCUUUAUUAAAACCUUCAGUUAUAUUUAUGAACAUUUUAUAAAUUAGGUUGUAUUUUUCCUAACACAGAAGUAGAAGAAUAUUGAUCACUUAUAAAAAUG